AUGGCAUUACCCAAUGUUCUCAAUGAAUCUCUUGUUGAUGGUCAUUCAAAACGUGCCCGCUUUUAUCGCUGGGCAAAGAAAAUAAAAAAACAAUGGAAUAUCAAAGAAGAAAAAUUAAUUAUAACUCUUAUUUUAGGUAAAAAAAAACCUCAACAUAAAACUUCAACACGUACCGAAAUUCAACCAAUUGAUAAUGCACGAACAACAACUGAAAUUCAACCAACUGAUAUUGCACGAACAACAACUGAAAUUCAAACAACUGAUAUUGCACGAACAACUACUGAAAUUCAACCAGUUGCUAAUCCAACAAGAUUUAGAAAAGAUCUACUCUACAGAAAGAUGAUGAAAUAUUAUAAAAAUAUUUCUGAUUUCACAAAUAGAAUUCAAAAUUUUACCAACAAUGGUUCGUAUAAAAUAAUAAUGACAUUAGUUGGAUUUGGCAUACUUCUUUGGCUUAGUACGUGUAUUAUUCCAUCUUAUUUGGAUGCAUAUGGUUAUGCUAUGGUUUACAAAUAUAAAAAAGAUUUAUUAGAUCAUUUAAAAGAAUAUGAUAUGCCAAAUUUCUUCAAUAAUACUCAUGUUUUUUAUGUUUUAAAACAAGAAAUCGUUUACGACAGGGAAGGUGUUCAUUGA